AUGCGCGACGGAAAGAAGACUGUGUUGGUCAUCAAUGGCCCAAAUCUCAAUCUCCUGGGAACUCGUGAGCCCGAAAUUUACGGACAUGAGACCCUAGCAGAUGUCGAGGCAGCCGGAAAAAAGCAAGGAAACGAGCACAACGCCACUGUGGACUUUUUCCAGAGUAACUGGGAGGGUGCCAUCGUUGACCGAAUCCAAGAAGCCCGAACGGAUGGGACGGACGGAAUCGUUCUGAACCCUGGUGGAUUCACACACACCUCUGUUGCGAUCCGGGAUGCCCUUCUUGGUGUUUCCAUACCCUUUAUUGAAUUGCAUGUGUCGAAUAUUCAUGCUAGAGAGGAGUGGAGACAUCAUUCUUACUUCCAGGAUAAGGCUAAGGCGAUCAUUGCUGGCUGUGGUGUACAGGGAUAUGAGUAUGCGAUUGAUCUUGUUAUACAGAAGUUCCCAGUGAAAAAUUAA